GGAUUGGUGUUUACGAUUUGGAAAAGACCGGUUGUCACGGGGAGUCGUCGAGAGAUGGUGCCACGGGAAGAGAGGGGGGCCAGCGAGGGCCAGUGAAGAGGCUGCGAGCCAGGCCGCGAGAGGACCGGGCAAUCCAAGGGUGGCUCACGAUGGGCGACGAUGGGAUGGGAUGGGCGAUGGCCGCAACUGAGCCAGAGGUGACAUAAGUUAUGUCACAGAACGCAGCACAGCUCGUGGCAGUGGGGAAGCCGAGUGGAGUGGGCCACCGGGCUCGAGACAAGGGCAAGGAGGCGACGACCAAACGGAGCGUAGAGAGGAGAUACAGGGCUCGACGAACAGGGACAGAAGAGAGACAAUCAGUUCCAAGGAGUGCGUGGGCCAGGCUCAAAGACCAGACGAGAAACCUGACCAGGAGCGGAAACAGUUCUGCCGGUUGGGUCGUCUGCCACAGGAAAUGGUCAAGGGCUGGCCAAGGGCCGAGAGGACGGGCCUGGAGGAUGGGCCAAGAGUCAAGGGCCAGCCCGUCCCGGGGUGUGAUGCAGUGGGGCGGAGAAGUUGAGAACGACGCAGACAGCGACGAUGGAGUGGGCGAGAUAACGCUGGGAGCCGGAUGGAUCUUGGAUGAUACGAAGCACAGGGCGUUGAUGUUGAGAUGGCAUCCUCUACGGUGCGUCGUCUACCGGCAUCAUUUCAUCUCUCUCUUCGGGACGAAAUGACGACGGAGCGGGAGGAUGCAGACUGGAUGGAUCAUGGCUUCGGUAUCGAGGCUCCAAAGGUC